UCAUCCUCGCUCACGAGGUCACGUCCAAGGCCAUUGAACGAGGCGUUCCGGCCAGAAAGUAGCCGUUAAUCUCCAAGCUGCUACACGGCUCCCGCUCCCACCUUCAAAAACAGUACAGGAGCAACCGUUCUCGACGAUGGGGAAAUACAAUCUCACAGCACUUCAAGUGCGAAAAACGGCAAUCGACUCGAUUGCGGCUGGAAAGAAAGGCGAUCUCCCUCGAUGGGUUAAUGUCGUUGGCGAUAUCCCUCCUGCCCAAAUCCUCGUGCGCGAACGACCCCAGCAACACCCACUUGUACGGCAACGCAUGAAAACUAUACCGGGAAAUCCAACACCGCAGCCAGUCUUUCAGGUCCAGACAAAGCGUGUGAAGCCAAAGAAAGCCAGUCGUAUGUUCUUACCCGUCGAGAUCAAGUACGAGGAGGAUCAGUUGCGAAAAGAGUUCUUCCGCGACCAUCCCUGGGAACUGGCCAGGCCUAGAAUUCUGGUAGAGAGUUCAGGCAAAGAUUCUGAGCGUUACAACUGGAGUAGAAUGCAGCAGCCAGGCAAGAAGCUGGAUGGCGAGAGCGUCGUGCAACGACAGCUGUGGCUCCUGAAUAACGUUCCCGAUAUGACAAAAAGUCGUGCUUACGAUAUUGCGCGACGCGAAUUCUAUCGACUCCGCCUACAGGAGGAUAUUGAGCGUCGCGUAGCUGUUGAAGAGGCAGAGGCUACAGGUGCGGUCUUUGGACCUUCUCGCCUAGAGAUUGGUAUGGAACUUGAAAACCAGCAAUUCGAAGCCUGGAAGUCAUGGGCGAAGACGGAAGCACAAAUUGUCGAUCAGGCGUCAACAUCGGAGGAUGGCUCUGAAAACCAGAGCCUUCCUUAGCCGGCUUGAUCUCUCCAGCUGGUGUCUGGUCUGAAAGGAGAUAGUCGAUACCAACGGCUUAUGUAUAUUAUUGUACUUUGUUUGGUCCAUUCAGUUCCUGUAUAAAUCUCCCGGUGAGGUCGAUUUUACGUGACGGGAGCAGCAUUUGUCUACAUAACUAAAACACGCAAACAAAAAUAAAAUAAAAUAAAAAU